CCACUCGCCCUAUCUCUCUCUGUCUCUUUCCUUUUCUCUCAUGGCAGGGCUCCGCGUCAGUUUCCGAAAGGUGGGGACAUUUCCUGAUGCCUUUGCAACACUGGGAAGCUGUCGUAAGGGAGGCUGGACCCAUUCUGAGAGCAGGGCCAGGAAAGCGAAGGCCGGGGUUUGCCGUGCUGGGCAAGGGCCGCGCUCACCCUCUGCCUGCCUCUGGCCAAGCUCGCUCAGGCCCCUGGUGUCCGCCUGACCAUGUCUCUGGCUGAGGCCAUCAGCCUCUGGAAUGAUGGGGUGCUGGCAGCCGACAAGAAGGACUGGAAGGGAGCCCUGGACGCCUUCUCUGCAAUCCAGGACCCCCACUCCAGGAUUUGUUUCAAUAUGGGCUGCAUCUACACCAUCCAGGAAAACCUGGCCGCGGCAGAGAAGGCUUUCUCCAGAAGCAUCAACCGAGACAAGCACCUGGCCGUGGCCUACUUCCAGCGAGGGAUGCUCUACUACCGGAUGGAGAAAUAUGACCUAGCGAUCAAGGACCUUAAAGAGGCCUUGACUCAGCUUCGAGGGAACCAGCUGAUAGACUACAAGAUCCUGGGGCUGCAGUUCAAGCUGUUUUCCUGCGAGGUCUUGUACAACAUUGCUUUGAUGCACGCCAAGAAGGAGGAAUGGAAAAAGGCUGAAGAGCAGUUGGCAUUGGCCAUGAGCAUGAAGUCUGAGCCGAGGCAUUCCAAAAUUGACAAAGCCAUGGAGUGCAUCUGGAAACAGAAGCUGUACGAGCCGGUGGUGAUCCCUGUGGGCAGGCUCUUCCGACCCAACGAGAAGCAAGUGGCCCAGCUGGUCAAGAAGGAUUACCUGGGCAAGGCUACGGUGGUGGCGUCCGUGGUGGAUCAAGACAGUUUCUCCGGGUUCGCGCCUCUGCAGCCGCAGGCAGCCGAGCCUCCACCCAGACCCAAAACACCAGAGAUCUUCAGGGCUCUGGAAGGGGAGGCUCACCGAGUGCUGUUCGGGUUUGUGCCCGAGACACCCCAGGAGCUCCAGGUCAUGCCUGGGAACAUCGUCUUUGUCUUGAAGAAGGGCAAUGAUAACUGGGCCACGGUCAUGUUCAACGGACAGAAGGGGCUCGUGCCCUGCAACUACCUGGAGCCGGUGGAGCUGCGGAUCCACCCUCAGCAGCAGCCCCAGGAGGAAGCCUCCCCGGAGUCUGACAUCCCAGCUCCGCCCAGUUCCAGUGCCCCUGGAAGGCCCCUGCAGUCACCAGGUCAGAAAGAAGAAGAGCCCAAGGAAGUAAAGCUCAGCGUCCCCAUGCCCUACACACUCAAGGUGCACUACAAGUACACGGUCGUCAUGGAGACGCAGCCUGGCCUCCCCUACAGCCAGGUCCGGGACAUGGUAUCUGCGAAACUGCAGCUCUUGCCAGAACACACUAAGCUGAGCUAUCGGCCCAAGGACAGCAACGAGCUGGUGCCCCUCUCAGAAGGCAGUAUGGAGGCUGCCUGGGGCCAGGUGAAAAACUACUGCCUGACUCUGUGGUGUGAGAACACGGUGGGUGACCAAGGCUUUCCAGAGGAACCCAAGGAAAGCGGGACACCUGAGGGGAGUCGCCAGACACCAGAGCCUCAGUUUAAGGAGGGCAGCCAGGUGGUAGCUCUCUUCAGCUACGAGGCCACCCAACCAGAAGACCUGGCGUUUCUGGAAGGGGACGUGAUCCAGGUUGUAGCCAUGGUGAAUGACGACUGGCUGGAAGGGGAGUGCAAAGGGAAGGUCGGCAUCUUCCCCAAGGCUUUCGUGCAAGACCGGGCCACCGUGGGCCCAGACAGCACUCCCAGGGAAGUCUAGGACAUCUUGCAACCCACAGAGUUGAAGGAAGAAGUGCCAUCUCCCUUGCAAGACCGAGGACGCCCCCAUGGCACACUGUGUUAAACUGUCGUGGUUUGGAAGUGUUCCCUUCUCCUGUUUCAGUGGCACCCAUCAGACAACGAUGAGAUUUGAGGAGGAACUCCUUGGGGUGGGGUGGGGUGGGGGAGUGGUUGGACGUGUCUCCAAGGGCACGAGGGGUCCUUCCAGGGUGCUGGUCUCUUGCUGAGUGCUAGCUACCCAGGUGUGUUCACUUUGUGAGAAACUCAGCGAGUUGUACAGUGAUUACUGGGGGCAUUCCUCUGCACAUGUGAUAAAAAUAAAAAACCAAGACGGCCACAGUGCCAGCCCAAUG